UUUUUCUUUCCUUCUUCUUCUUCUUCUUCGUCUUUCUUCUCCUCCCUUAUUUGUCUCUCCUCCUUUCUUGUCCAUCAAAAUGCUAUUGAAUUUGUUCUUAUUCAUACGGUAUAAUGAUAAUCUAGGAAUCAGAUAUCCAGGCCAGGGCCAGCUAAUGAAUGGCGCUUCCUUUGUGCCACAUGAACAGCAGCUGGUUAGCAAUGCUCCCCAAUCACAAAGCACAAGAAAUGAUAACAAUGUUGUUGGGCUUGCUCUUGGUCCUCCACAAUCAUCUACCUCAGGUUUCCAAAAUGUUGGCUCCUCUGGACAGCCAUCUAAUAUCAAUCCCUUUGAUGAUUGGUCACACAACAGGGACAAUGGAGUUGAUGAGUACUUUGCAGAGGAAGAGAUUCGCAUCAGAAGUCAUGAAAUGCUUGAGAAUGAAGAUAUGCAGCACAUGCUCCGGUUCUUCAGUAUGGGUGGCCAUGCCUCUAUGAAUAUGCCUGAAGAUGCGUAUGCAUUCCCACCUUACGUGGCAUCUCCAAUGCCAAACUUUGAUGAAGAUCGCUCACGUCCUGGCAAAGCUGUUGUUGGAUGGCUGAAGAUUAAGGCAGCAAUGAGGUGGGGAUUCUUUAUAAGGAAGAAAGCAGCUGAGAGACGGGCACAGCUUGUUGAGUUAGAGGAAGAGGAAUAGUAGUCUGCUUUAUUUUUUGUGGGGGACAACCCUCUCCCUGGAUGACUUCUUGUUAGGAUGCCACUAGAACUCCUUUAAUGCCUGCCCACGCUUGAGGUUAUGAUCGUAGAAAUUACUGGCUUCAGACCCCCUGACGACCUCUAAUCAGGUAUUGGGAAUAUCUUCUUGUACAGUUUCCUGUACAGAGUUGUUUCUUUAGUUUUCUUUCCUAGCAAUCUCCUCCUGUACUACCCCUUUUCCCAUUGGUUUGUCUAUGAUAUCUGCAUUCGGUUCGACGUAUAAUUAACUUCUAAAUGUAUGGUCCCUUCCCUCUUGACUUGGUAGAAGUGAAAUUCCAGAUACAUUGGGUGUGACUUUCCUCGAACCAUGAAAUUCCAAUUAAUUGUUGUAUGAGAA